AUGGCCGUGUCCCAGAGCUCCUGCAGCUUCCAGCUAGUGGUGACGGAGGCCCAGGCCCGCUUCUACUACAGCGAGGAGCAGCGCCGGGCCCUGGAGGCGCUGGUGACCCGGGGCGAAGCGGCCUACCGGGAGGCGCUGAGGAAGGAGCAGCUCCGUGACUUUCUCUCCAGCCGGGAGCUGCAGGCCCUGCGGGGCGGAUGGCGGGGAUACGACGACCCCCGGGAGGGCGGCAAGGUGGCACGGGGGCCGGGGGCUGAUGCCCAGGAUGGGGUUAAACCCCUGCACCCCCCCAAAUUGGAGUUUUAUACCCGUGUUUUGCUUUUCGUGAUUCACUGGCUGAGGGGGAGACAGGUUGUGAUGCUGUGCCAGCCACCCCUCCUGUACGUGCAGAUUAUUGCAGUGGUCAUGGAUGUAUUUACAGACCGGGACAUCUUUCGCGAUAUUGUUGAUGCAGCAUAUAAGCGCUGGAUCCCAGUCUAUAUAAUCCUGGAUGAGGAGGGUGUGAAGCUCUUCCUGGAAAUGUGCAGAUGCCUUGACCUCAGCGACUUGCAGAUCCGGAAUAUCCGCAUACGUUCUGUGACAGGAGUUGGGUUCUACAUGCCAGCAGGGAAGAUCAGAGGCACAUUGGCAUCCCGAUUCCUUAUGGUGGAUGGUGAAAAGGUGGCCACUGGAUCAUACAGCUUCACAUGGAGUUCAUCCCACAUUGACAGAAACAUCCUGCUAGUCUUGACAGGACAGCACGUGGAGAUGUUUGACGUUGAGUUUCGUGAGCUCUAUGCCAUCUCAGAGGAAGUUAAUUUCUACAAGGAACUGGGUAUUGCUAACCCAUUCCUUCUCGGAAUUGGGAAGCCAGGCCUUCAUUCCUCCACCGUGGCUCGGAAGUUCAUUAACCCCAAGUAUGGUUUAGUGGCAGGGGCAACCCGUGGUGAUAUGAUGCUCUGGGCUUCACGACACAGGCAGGAUAAUCAGGGGAACAUGGAAAAGGAGGAAACAAGUGAGUCAAAGAAACGGUUAAAUCAGUUUCUGAAUGACUUAAUCACAUUGGAGCAAGAGUUCCCAGAAAUUGAUCCACCUCUGGAGAACUUGAACAAGCUGAAUCGGAGCCCUCAGAAACUGUUCUCCCGGCUCCACAUGGACCUGAAAAAUAAAUCCAAAUCCAGAGAGUCUAUUCGAGAUGUGAAGAAAGACGACGCACAGGCCAAUUCAAAGCAAGGAAAACGGUUUGCCAGUGGGCUUUUCAGUCGCAAGGCCAAACGGUCUCCAGGCUCAAGCAUUGAGGCCAAUUCUUUUGCCAGUGAAGGACAUUCAGGAGAAGACCUUGGGAACAUGAAACUGGAAUAUGAGCGGCUCAGCAUUGGCCAUGCCAGUGUUCGGAGCACUGGAGGCAUCUCAGGUAACCUGGGUCCAAACUCCACUACGAGCGAUAAAACCAAACAAUCUACCUGUGUGUUAUCUUGA